AAGAUAUCACGUUACAUUAUCAGCAAGUGAUACGCUAAAAAUUUGAUUUUCCGAAAUGUUCGUUAAAAAAAUACAGCAAUAAAAAAUUCCACGUACGAGGAAUACCGAAUUCACCUUUUGCCUGCUCAAGUCUCAACCUACAACUUACAAUCAUACAAUCUUGCAAGUGUAUUAUUUUUUACCAAAACUAUUGUAGAUUGUUAGGUUUAUGUAUUAUUAACUUCAUUUCUUAUUUAAUAAUUAAAAAAUAAAUAAUAUGAAGAAUACUUUGCACGUAGAAGUUUUAUUGAAAACAGAAACAUCUGCAAAUAUUGCAAACUUAGAGGUAGCGGUUUUAUUAGAAUUAAGAAAUAUUAAACCCAUUAUACCAGAAACUAUUCAUAAUACAUUUAGCAGUGCAGAACUGACGCAUUUUGUUAAACAAAUACAAGUUUGUGAAAUUGAAAAUGCUUUAGAUGAUGAAAACCAGUCUUUUUUUAAUGAGACUGAAAAUCAAAUAUUAGAUCUUGAUACAUACACAAUUAAAGUGUAUUUCUUCAAAUUAGAUGACAGUGGUUUGGCAGAUGAUGCAACUAGUGAAGAUAAUACAUGCAAAAUGAGACGAUGUAUAUUACCUAAUGUCGAUUUUUGUGGUAUUUGGGAUUCAUUAAUAUUUCAAGAACCAGUAAAGGAAAUUCUCAUGCAUUAUGCAUUAACUGGAAUGAAUUUCGCACGGCACAAUGUCGACACGAAUAUCAUUAGCUAUAAUCGUCUUAUUUUGCUUCAUGGACCACCAGGUACUGGUAAGACAUCGAUAUGUAAGGCACUUGCUCAAAAGUUAUCAAUACGGUUAAGUAAACAUUACAAGUUUUUUGAAUUUAUUGAAAUUAACAGUCAUAACUUGUUGUCAAAAUAUUUUUCGGAGAGUGGUACAUUAGUAAUGUCAAUGUUUCAAAAAAUUAGAGAAGUAUUGGAAUAUGGUGAUUCGCUAGUGUUUAUAUUAAUCGACGAAGUCGAAAGUUUAACACGUGCUAGAGAAUCUGUUCUAUCAGGUACAGAACCGUCGGAUUCAAUCCGGGUGGUAAAUGCUGUUCUCACUCAAUUGGAUAAUCUUAGAAAGUAUUCAAAUGUUAUAUUUUUAACAACUUCUAAUGUAACUGAAGCAAUUGAUACGGCAUUUACUGAUAGAGCCGAUAUAAAAAUGCUCAUAAAUCCACCUCAAGAAUUGGCAAUAUACACAAUAUUUAAAGCAGCCAUAGAUGAACUUAUACGGGUAGAAUUAAUAGUUAACGUAAACGAAAGUGAUAAAUUUGAUCGACUUCCAGUUGGUAAAGAAUUUACGAAUAGUGCAACGCAACAACUAUUUGAAAUUUCCAAAGAAAGCGUUGGUUUAAGUGGUCGUGUUCUAAAAAAGCUGACUUUCAUAGCGCAUUCUAUUUAUAUUAGAGCACCUCAAUGCAACGGCAUUGAUGAAUUUUUAUCAGCUUUGUUAAAGGCGGUCAGAUAUCAAAAAAGACAAGACGAUAGUAUUAAUAAAGUUAAAUAACUUUACUAGUCUGUCAUGAUAUAUUUUUAAUUUUUUUGUAUUAAAACAUAAUAUAUAUUUAUAAAUUAUUUUCUUAUAACAAAAAAUUAGAUUUAUUUUAAUUCACUGCCAAUCAAAAAGUAUAAUCGU